AUGGCACCCGCCAUAGCAUCUACAGGCCAGUCACGGUCGCGACUUCCGCCGAAAUGGAUGCAGCAAGCGACUCUCAAAUCAGCUGCUCCGGUAACAAGGCCGACAGAUCGAGCUGCCUCUCUGCAGGAAAGUCCGAUACGAUGGUCUACUCACACUUUGACAGCCGGUCCAAAUGACACAGUCCGCAGCCGCGCUGAAUCCACAACCUCUACCUAUGUUGAUGCCUUUGCUCAUCGACGCAAGAGCCGUAUCAGCGACCUUACCUUCGUUGAUCACCUCGAAGACCCUGGAUCAACCCGUCUCACACCUUCGGAAAGCCUAACUUCCAGUAUCAACGACCUCUCUCUUACUCUCAAUAAUGAUGAUGAUGAUCGCCCUUCUUCUGUGGACCUGCCACAUCAAAAGCCACCUCAAGCGCUUCAACACGACCGUAACCAAGACCCAAUCACUGAUGGGCUUGAUUCGGAUCAGGACAACAGUGGCGAUGACCAAGACAUGAAUGAUGACAUUGCAAGUAGGAUUGACAGACUUAUGGCAGCCACCAUGGAAGCACUCGAAAACUCCAAUCGCCUUGUGUUGGAUACCCUCUCCUCCCGAGCCAAGCUGGCCCAACUUAACGCUAUGGAAGCUGCUCUGGAUUCUCAUCUCGACGCAAGAGAAGCGCAUCUGCAUCGCCAGAUUCAGGCCGUCACAGACAUGACCGCAUUUGUCUCCAAGACUACUGUAGAGCUUCAGAGAUUGACGGCUCCAACAAUUCGACUUCCUUCUGGUGGUGCUUCUACCAGUCAAUUGACAACCCUCGCCGAUCCAGCUGAGCUCGAGGUGCGUAGCGCUGCAGCUGCCGGCAUUGUGCAAGCAUUGGAUCGAAAUGCAACGAUCGGCAAGACAGCCGUCAAACGUCUCGAACGCAUGCUACAAACCCCUACUACGCCCACCUCUUCGCCUUCCUCCGCUGCCUCAUCACAGCGCCGAAGAACCGACUCGACUAGACGCGUUUUCUCCAUAUCGAACUUUGCUUCAGUACAGGACAGUAUUGCCGAGGAGGGUCAGGCUGAGCGGGACGACACGAAUUCGACACCGAAUGCCGAUUCGAGCCAAGAUCAGUCCGAUCGAGCUGCAGCGCCAACAGCAACGCCAACAAGCGCUGCCAACAUCUCGUCUGACAGCCACACAUCCACACUACAGAAGAAGCGUUCAACCAGCUAUGAUAGCCGUGCUUCAGGAGGCAUGAAGCCCAUGACAAAGCUAGCGGGUCCUUCAGUAGCGUCAACAUCCGGCUUUGCACCGAGUCAGUCAGUUUCCACGGCAGCGUCAAUUGUUGCCGGUCCUGCUUCUCUUUCCACAGUUGACGAUGAUGUCUCGGCUUUGCCAGCAAAGACUGCUGUGUCAGACACCAAAGGAUCGAGUAAGACCACCACCAUACGACCUUCCCUCCUGGCUGCGCUUCGACAAGAUACAGCUUCGACAUCAUCUCGUUCUUCGCUUUUAUCCAACGCGACGCCGAGGCCAACGCAGAUGCAAAGCAUUUCCGGUCUUCCAAGCUACAGCGCAGGUAUGGGCUUGAAAGCUACAGCCGAUGUCGGAGCCACCCCGACGACCGCCGAGUUGACACUAGCAGCUCUGCUCGGCAUGCCUUCUGCUGCUGCUUCCACAUCGCCACGAACCGAGACGCCAUCCGACUCGUCUUACUUUGACAGCGCCAUGCAGGAGUCCUUCUCGUCUACUUCUCCUCCAACUCCAGGCAGCAUUCAUGUCAUUCACGGUGUACUUGCCACACCUUGGAAGCCAACAGACAGCCCGGACAUUCCAUCUUCGCAGGAACGAUUUGCCCGUCGUGGAUCGAUGCAGUACUCGAGUCUGGUCAGCCCUCGAGCCUCACUCUCGCUCUCUGAUCGAGAACGAGCAAAUCAGCUCUCAUCUCAGUUGGCUGAGCUGCGUGCCGAACGUGUGACGUGGAAUCCUAACUCUGUCGGAAGCGCCGAAGCAGGAGUAGCCGGUGCAUCGACCUCAGCUUCAGGCGCUGGUGGUGGAGGAGCGCUGCGUGCGCUCCAAAAGCUCAAUGAGAUGUCGGCGGCCAAAAUCGCUCGUCACAACGGCACAAGUGGCGAGGAGGAAGGCAGCGCAUGGUAUGGUGGCAGCAAGCGUGUCUCGCUCGGCUUGGGUCUGCCCAGCUUCUCUGCACUUCGACCUAGCGCUAGCCGAUCCACCUCGACAGCGGCCGUCUCAUCUGCCCCCUCGCCGGCACGACCUACACCUUCCACAUCCAACGAAGCUGACCAGGACAGCGAAGCUGCGGAUGCGUCUUCUUCUUCCUUGCUUGGAGGAGGCUGGCGAUCGUGGGCAUCAUGGAACGCUGGCACACCGAACGGUGAUAACUCCAGAAAGCAGAAGUAG